AUGAUGCACAGAUUUGCAUUUGAAGCAGUUGACAGAACACUAAGAGAUAUUGUGGGAAAAGAUAAUCCAAUGUUGGCAGACAAACCAUUCGGUGGCAUAACAGUGGUUCUUGGAGGUGAUUUUAGGCAAAUUCUACAUGUUAAUAUGAGGAUCCAACAUCAAUCAUCCGAUCAGCUAGGAAUGAAUGCGUCUGAAUUCAGUGAAUGGGUUCUUGAAGUUGGUAAUGGGACAUUAUCUUUCGACGAUUGUGAGAAAGAAGAGGAGUCUAAAAUUGCAAUUCCAGAGCAACUUCUACUACAACCAACAAGAGAUGCAAUAGAAGAUAUAAUUGCAUCAACAUAUCCAGAUAUUCAACAGAAUUGCUGUAAUCAAAGUUACUUGGAAGAAAGAGCAAUACUAACUCCAAGAAAUGAGACAGUUGAUAUCAUAAACAAUUGU